AUGAUUAACAAUCAAGUAAACUCAUCCAACUAUAUUAAAUACGCUUGGAUAAUAAUAUCAAAGAAUGAUCCUUCAUCUCAGAGUAUAUCAUUUGAAAAAUUUAGUUAUAAAUAUUCAAAGUUCAUUAGAAAUUUGAUUAUAAAUUCUCAACUUACUUCCAGCAAUUUAAUUAUUAGUUUAUAUUACUUGUACAAACACUACCAUCAGAACACAGUAUUGAAUCAUUCCAUAAAUAAUCAUGAUAAUAAUGAAAUAAAUUCCGUAAUUGUUUACAAUAUCAUUAUUUCCUUGGUUCUUUGUAAUAAAUGUUUAGAUGAUCAAUCAUAUACUUUAAAAACUUGGUUGAUUAUCAUUAACAACAGUUUAUCUAAUAAGAAAUUGAUCAAUAUUGAUUUGAAAUUGUUGAAUUAUUUGGAAGGUUUCUUUUUAUCUUCCUUAAAUUAUGAAUUGGGUUUCAAGAGUAUGAAUCAAGCUCACGAAUUUUGGGAAAUCUUUGAUGUACAAAAGAAAUUGUCACAACCUCAACAAUUACAAUCACAAUCACCACAUCAAUAUAUUCCACAACUUCAAUCA